AUGGCCGAGCUCGCACAGGAGCAGGAUCAUGCCUCGAAGCUGCCCUUCACCGCCGUAGCUGCCCCGGAGUAUGGGGGCUCCAAUGGCGAUUCCAGUGGCGAGUCGACGGGACCUCGCGAUCUCGACGACAGCGACAGCUAUAAACCAAUUGGCCCGCCUGCGACGAGAAAAGAGGUCUGGUCCUACUAUGCAUACUACGCUGGGAACAAUGGCAUCGGAUCAUAUCAAUAUUCCAACCUUCUCUUCCAGAACCUCAUCUACCAGGCAGGAUUCAACCCGAAUGUACUGCCCCUCGGCAGCGUAUCCUGUGAUGUCGAUCCCAAUGCUCCAUGCCAUGUCUGGUGGGGAGGUGGUCAUCGACAUAAGUCAUACUCAUCCGUUAUCUUGAUCGGAAAUGGGUUGAGUUUCCUCUGCCAAGGGCUCAUCUUUCUCACAAUUGGGAGUUUGGCGGAUUAUGGCAGUUGGAACCCAUGGAUUGUGAGGAUCUUCUCCGCUAUCUGCUGGGCGUUCGAAUUUGGAUUUCUCGGUGUCAAGACCCCGUCCAAAUGGAGAACUGCAAUGGCCUUGUAUAUCCUGAGCAGUGUUACAUGGUGGGCUUCCUACGUCUUUUUCAAUGCCAUAUUCCCUAAACUUGCGCACGACCUACCCGAAGCUCGAACAGCCAGAGAGAAAUACCUAAAUGGCGAACUCACUGCAGAGGAAUACGAAUUCAAAAACUCCAUGGCGCGAUCGAAGAUCAUGAAUAUCAGCUGGGUCUGGAACAAUGUUGGGUUUUGUGUCUGCUGCGCCCUGUCGCUUGCUGCACUGUUCGGAGUUCACGCGAAUGAUUCGGUGCAAAAUAACAACUGGGGCUACUCAAUCUCCGUCGCUAUCUGCACUGGGUUUUGGAUCGUUUUUGGUAUACCCUGGUUUCUGUGGGAGAAGAAGCGCCCUGGGCCCAGGAUUCCGAAGGGUGACAAUUAUGUUACCUUCGGUUUGAAGCAGACCUGGUUCACAAUAAAACAGGCAUGGAAGCUGAAGCAGACAUUCUACUACCUUGUAGCCUUUUUUCUGCUUGCGGACGGGAUCGGAACGACCACUAGUCUGGUUUCCAUUGCGCAGACGCAGACGGUCGAUUUCUCCGCUACGCAAAAUACGUAUCUGAUUCUGGUCCAAGGCGGAUCUGCAAUCAUAGGCGUAUCUGCAGUGUAUGCCAUUCAACGGCGCUUCAAGAUCAGAACCAAGACCAUGCUCCAAAUUACAAACUUCGGAUGCAUUUUGCUUCCUUUAUGGGGGAUGAUUGGGAUCUGGACAACGAAAGUUGGCUACCAUAAUCUCUGGGAGUUCUGGUUCUUCGCUGGCCAGUACGGCUUCACAUUAGGCGCACAGUUUGGGUAUGGCCAAGCGUUUAUGGCUGAGCUAGUCCCGCGCGGCAGGGAGUAUAUGUUCUUCAGUCUUCUGGGAAUUGUUUCCAAGGGAUCGGCUUGGAUUGGCCCCAUUGUCUCCAGCGCCAUCGUCGAUGAUACUGGUAACCAGUGGACAGCCUUCCCAUGGGUGGCUGCUUUAACCUUUGUUCCUUGGGUUGGGAUCUUCUUCAUCGACGAGGUCAAGAGCAGGAAGGAAUGUGCCGAAUAUCUUGCGAACGAGGCCAAGGAUCUACGGAAGGUGAAGCCUGGUUCUCAACCUGAACCUCAGCCUGAACCGGAACCUGAGCCUGAACAUGAAAAGAGCGGUUGA